CCGAAGGGUCCGGAAAGCUAGAGCGAAUCAAAGCACGGCUUCCCCAUUCCCCUGCCGCGAAUGGGCUUCCGCUUCGCCCGCCUCGCCGCCCGCGCCGCGGCCUCCCGCCGGGCCCCGCCGCGCGUCGCCGCCCCCGCCCGCCCCGCGCUCGCCCCGUCCGCCUCGCCGGCGGAGCCACGCUGCGGGCCUCACUGGCUCGUCCCCGCCCGCGGACACGCGGGCCACUCGCACCACCACGGGGGCGACGGCGGGGGCGAGACGUCCGAGCGGAUCUUCCGGCUGGGCCUCGCCGCCGACGUCGCCCUCACCGCAGGGAAGGCCGUCACGGGAUACCUCUCCGGCAGCACCGCGAUCGUGGCCGACGCCGCCCACUCCCUCUCCGACAUCGUGCUUAGUGGGGUGGCUCUUUUGUCGUACAGGGCAGCCAAGGCUCCCAAGGACAGGGAGCAUCCCUAUGGGCAUGGAAAGUUCGAGAGUUUAGGAGCUCUUGGAAUUUCAAGUAUGUUGUUGGUUACUUCAGGUGGGAUUGCAUGGCAUGCUUUUGAAGUUCUUCAGGGAGUGUUGUCCUCAGCUCCUGAUAUAAUUGCCAACACAUUGCAUGCCCAUCACGACCAUAGCAACGGCGACCAUCAUCAUGGAAUAGAUUUGGAACACCCAGUCCUUGCAUUGAGCAUGACAACUUUGGCAAUAUCUGUCAAAGAAGGGCUCUAUUGGAUCACAAAAAGAGCUGGGGAAAAGGAAGGGAGUGGGCUGAUGAAAGCUAAUGCGUGGCACCACCGUGCAGAUGCUAUUUCAUCUGUCGUUGCCCUAGUAGGGGUAGGUGGUUCCAUUCUUGGAUUGCCUCUCCUUGAUCCACUAGCUGGAGUUAUUGUUUCAGGCAUGAUUCUUAAAGCUGGUAUUCAAACUGGAUAUGAGAGUGUACUUGAAUUAGUUGAUGCUGCUGUGGAUCCUUCACUCCUAGAACCAAUAAGGGAAACUAUUUUGAAGGUUGAUGGUGUGAAGGGGUGCCAUCGGUUGAGGGGCAGAAAAGCUGGGACCUCAUUAUAUCUCGAUGUGCAUAUCGAGGUAUAUCCUUUCUUGAGUGUCAGUGCAGCACAUGAUAUCGGGGAAACUGUCCGUCAUCAAAUUCAAAAGGAGCACAAUCAAGUUGCUGAAGUUUUCAUACACAUAGAUCCCUCAUACUCCAUGGGCCUCAACAUGAACCUGAAGAGGGCUCUUAACAACUCCGAUAUAAGAAAUUCAGAAGCUAUCCCACGGCAACAGAGUGCAGAAGCAAUUGUGUCUGAUAUUAUUUCCUCUCAUUUUUCAAAGAAAAUGUCGCUCGAACAUCUAAUGCUGCAUUACGUGCAUGGAAGAGUGUUGCUCCAGGUCCAAGUUUCGAUGUCUCCAGAAAUAUUGAUCCGGGAUGCAAUGGAAGUCGCAAAGCAAGCCGAAGAGGAGAUACUGAGGGCUGAUGCCAACAUAAGCCAAGUGAGUAUGCAGCUAAGAUUGGGGCAACAAAUCAAGCAACUUCAGCUGGCAUCGAGCAAUAAUGUCGCUAGCGAUGUACAUGCUGGAGGGAAACAGUAAUAUCAGUGUUCUUUUGCCAUUCAGCUAGGGUGAUCUUUUUCCUGAUUUUUCUAACGUGCAUGGCUUCAUUUUACGACUGAGGCAGUAUAGGCUAGGACGGCCUGUGUACAUUGUAAUCGUAGUGUUGAGAGAUAUCCGGUGAGUUUGUAAUAAUGCACGGAAAGCAGCCUUGCUCAGAGAGAUAUGGCUAUUGGGAAAUAUUUGUUGUCGGCUAUGUGCUACCACCUACAAUGUAAACCGCAUGAUACAAGUCAACAAGUGCCUCGCUCGUUGAGGUGUGAUUUCCUUGGGCUA